AGAAAUCACUACCGUCCACUUUCUUAAUGAUAAGCGCCCUCAACGCCUAUAUAUUAAAACCACCCUGAAAUGAUUGGGGAUUUCGAAUUUUUGAAGGAAGAAAACAGACAGAGAGGUAAUUCUGAAAGAUGGCUCGUACCAAGCAAACUGCUCGCAAGUCCACUGGAGGAAAGGCUCCCAGGAAGCAACUUGCUACUAAGGCUGCCCGUAAGUCUGCUCCAACAACUGGGGGUGUGAAGAAGCCUCACCGCUACCGUCCUGGUACUGUUGCUCUUCGUGAAAUCCGUAAGUAUCAGAAGAGUACUGAGCUCUUGAUCAGGAAGCUUCCAUUCCAGAGGCUUGUCCGUGAAAUUGCCCAGGAUUUCAAGACUGAUCUACGUUUCCAGAGCCAUGCUGUUUUGGCACUUCAGGAGGCUGCCGAAGCUUACCUUGUGGGUCUGUUUGAGGACACCAACCUGUGUGCCAUCCAUGCCAAGCGUGUGACCAUCAUGCCCAAGGACAUCCAGCUAGCUCGUCGAAUUAGGGGCGAGCGUGCUUAGACAAUACCUGAUCAUCUUGCUUACAUGUGACAGUAGUAAAUGGUGGUGUUCUUUUGUCUAUCUUUGUUAAGGAAUAUAUAAGUACUCGACUAUAAUUUUAAUUCCAGUUGGUUAUGCAGACAUUGAUUUUCAGUGGCCGGUGGUGGUGAUGUGCUGUAAUGAAUUUGGUGUUUUUGUUGUUUGAUGCACAGGUGGUGAUCGACUUUACUAGUAGUUUGUUUUGUGAAAACUCAAAAGUAACUGUUGUUGAACGUCGUCUUUAUAUUUGCUGCUAAUGUAGUGAAUUGGUGGGUAAUAAUUCUUUAGUAUCA